AUGUUCGGAGGAGCCGAGACCGAUCUCGAAAAAGCCCCCCAGGUGGGCAAGACGCCCAUGGACGACACCAGCGAUGGCGCCGUUCCCGGGGAGAGUUUCAUGUACGGCAAUUCGCUGUACGCAAAGCUGCAACGGUUGGCGGGGAAGCUCAACAUUGAGCAGCGAGGUGUCGAACGUGUGCCGGAAAACGAACGGAACGACACGUCGUACUUCAAUAUCAGCAGCAUGUGGCUGGCGGCCAACAUGGUGGUUAGUUCGUUCGCUAUCGGUGUGCUUGGAUACGGAACUUUCUCCCUCGGCUUUGUCGAUGCCAUCCUCGUCUGCUUGUUCUUCAACCUGCUGGGUGUCUUGACUGUCUGCUGGUUCUCGUGCUUUGGUCCUGCCUUUGGUCUGCGCCAAAUGGUCCUCACCCGGUUCUGGUUCGGUUGGUAUCCUACCAAGUUCAUUGCCAUCCUGAACGUUCUGUCGUGUCUGGGUUGGUCCGCUGCCAACUCCAUCGUCGGUGCUCAGCUUCUCAAUGCCGUGAACAGCGACGUGCCUGGUUUUGCAGGAAUUCUGAUCAUUGCCAUUUGCACCCUCUUCGUCACCUUUGCCGGAUACAAGGUGGUCCACUUGUACGAGUUCUACAGUUGGAUCCCCACCUUCAUCGUCUUCAUGAUCGUUCUGGGAAUGUUCGCCCACUCCGGAGAUUUCAGGAACCUUCCCAUGGGCGUUGGACAGUCUGAGGUCGGCUCGGUCCUGGCUUACGGCGCGACUGUUUAUGGUUUCGCUACUGGCUGGACCAGUUACGCUGCCGAUUACACUGUCUACCAGCCCUCCGACCGCAGCCGUCUCAAGAUCUUCUUUGCGGCUUGGUCCGGAUUGAUCGUCCCUCUCCUGUUCACCCAGUUCCUGGGUAUCGCCGUUAUGACUGCGACUUCCAUCAAUGGCGGCGACAACAAGUAUGCACUUGGUUACAACCAGUCUGGCAACGGAGGCCUGCUGGGCGCCGUUCUGGACCCGCUCGGUGGUUUCGGCAAGUUCUGCCUGGUGAUCCUCUCGCUUUCCAUCAUUGCCAACAACUGCCCCAACAUCUACUCCGUCUCCUUGACCCUCCAGGUCCUGAGUCGCUACUCCCAGCGCGUUCCUCGUUUCAUCUGGGUGUUCCUGGCCUCCUGUGUGUCUGUGGCCGUGGCCAUUCCCGGUUACUCCCACUUCGAAGAGGUCCUGGAGAACCUGAUGGACUUCAUCGCCUAUUGGCUGGCCAUCUACUCCGGUGUCGCUCUCGCUGACCACAUUGUCAUCCGUCGAGGCUUCUCUGGAUACCGCCCGGAAACCUAUGAUAAGCCCGACAAGCUUCCCUACGGUAUUGCCGCUUGCGUCGCCUUUGCCUUCGGUGUCGCCGGUAUGGUUGUGGGUAUGAGUGAGACAUGGUACACCGGUCCCAUCGCUAAGAAGGCCGGCAAUGGUGAUGUCGGUUUCGAACUGGGCCUUGCGUUCUCCGCGGUUGUGUAUGCCGUUCUACGACCCAUCGAACUGAAAAUGCUGGGUCGGUAAAUGCGAUGAUUUUUUCUUUUGAACUGUUAUAACAAGGGUAUGAAUUCGGAUACAGAUGUUUGGGUUGGGCUUGUUAUGUCUUUUUUUCGGAAUCGACUGAGAGUGUCGGUUCCGUACCACGGAACCUGGCUGCUUCAUGAUGUUAGCUGGACUUAUGUAUAUAGAUGUAAUCAUUGAUCUUAAUAUACCAUUCCGUGCAGAUGCGCCGGAGAUGAGAUGU